AUGGGUAUCGUCGAAAAGAUUAAGGAGAUCGAGGAAUAUCAUCUGGGUCUUCUGAAAGCAAAGUUAGCUCGGUAUCGGGCCCAGCUUCUUGAACCUGCCUCAAAGUCUGGCCCAGCCGGUGUCGGGUUUGAUGUACAGAAAUCAGGAGAUGCCCGAGUUGCAUUGAUAGGAUUUCCGUCAGUAGGGAAGUCCACCCUCCUCAGUAAAUGCACUCACACCGCGUCCGAAACAGCAGCAUAUGAAUUCACAACCCUUACUGCUAUACCUGGAGUGAUCGAGUACCAAGGGGCACGUAUACAAUUGCUCGAUCUUCCUGGAAUUGUCGAAGGCGCUAGCCAAGCGGCCAAGACGGCCGAUCUCAUUCUCAUCAUGCUCGAUGCAACGAAGUCCGAAGAGCAACGACGGCUUCUUGAGAUCGAACUUGAUUCAGUUGGCAUCCGCCUUAACAAACGCAGACCUGAUGUAGUAUUCAAACGGCGGACAACUGGUGGUUUGAAUACCACCGUAAAACUCACCAAGACAGACGAGAAGACUAUUCGUACCAUUCUGGCAGGAUAUAAAUUACACAACUGCGAUGUGAUGAUCCGAGAAGAUAUUACAACCGACGAGUUCAUCGAUGUUCUUAUUGGAACUCGAAAAUAUAUACCUUGUUUAUAUGUUUACAACAAGAUUGAUGCGAUUAGCCUGGAGUUGGUAGAUAAACUUGCAAGAACAGAGAAUACAGUCGUGAUCAGUUGCGAGAUGGACCUCAAUCUAGACUACCUUAUUGAGCGGAUAUGGGAAAGUUUAGAGCUUGUCAAAGUCUACACCAAGAAAAGGGGUGCACGACCUGACUUGUCGGAUCCUGUGUGUUUGAGAAAAGGCGCUACUAUCGAAGACGUCUGUUUGGGUAUUCAUAAGUCACUCGUUUCGAACUUCCGCAAUGGGCUUGGUCGUUCAUCCAAGUUCUCGCCCCACGCACAGAAGGUCAGUUUGAACCAUCAGUUACAGGAUGAAGAUGUUGUUUCAAUUUUCACGAAAUAG